AUGGCAAAUUUGAUCGAAUUACAGAAAAAUUAUUUUCUGAAACAAUUAAACGAUAUCCAAGUUCCACAUAAUGUUAAAUUGUUAGUAAUAGAUGAUUAUGUGGAAAAAUUCUUCGGAUUUAUUUUUGCUAAUCCAGAUGAAUUAUUAGCUCAUGUUGCAGCUGUUGACAGAAUAGAUUCUCCCAAAAGAAGAAGUCAACAAUCACUAGAAGUAAUUUAUUUAGUGAAACCUACCAAAUUUAAUAUCAGUUGUAUUGAUGUUGAUUUUCAGGGUAGACCUGCCAAAUAUAAAAAUUGCCAUAUUAGAUUUUUGCCUGGAUUUGCAGGUUAUUUGGUGGAAUAUUUCAAUCAUAAACGUUAUAUUAGUCAAUAUAUGAAAAGUUUAGCUGAAUUUAAAUUAGCAUUUUAUCCUAGAGAAUUACAAGUUUUCCAAACUAUGGACAUUGAUAGACCAUUACAAAUAUUUUUCAAUCAAAAUUGUACUGACUUGAUUGAAAGAAAUAUCGAACGUACCAUUCAAUCAUUAUUAAACCUUUGUAUUAUUACAGGUGAAUAUCCAAUUGUGAGAUACACUUUACCUAAUGAAAAUCAACUUGCUAUAACACCUGCAGUAAUGUUGGUUAAAAAAGUUGCUGUUCAAUUUCAAGAUGCAAUUGAUGAUUAUGCACGUAAGAAUCAAGAUUUUCCACCACAAUCAACAAGGCCAAGGGCGACCUUAAUUAUUACUGAUAGAACUUUGGAUUUAUUCAGUCCGAUAUUGCAUGAUUUUACAUAUCAAUCCAUGGCAUAUGAUUUGGUUUCUACUAUUAAUUUAAGAAAUGAUCUGUAUACCUAUUCUGCAGAAAGUGAAAAGGGGGAUCUAGAAGAAAAAUCUUCUAAAUUAAUGGAUCUUUAUGAUGAUAUAUGGAUUGAAUUGAAAUAUCAGCAUAUCAUGGAUGCACAUGAAUAUUUACAAGGGAAAGUUAAAGAAAUUAUAGCCAAAAAUCCUUUAUUAGUCGAUAGAUCUAAUGUUAAAAACACUACUGAUCUUUUAAGUGUAGUUGCUCAUUUAAAAGGUUUCGAUGAAGAAAGAAGAAAAUUAGUAUUACAUCAAACUUUAAUUGAAGAAUGUUUAAAAUUGAAUCGUGAUAGAAAAUUAGCAGAAUACUCGGAUGUAGAACAAUGUUUAUCUGGCUUUGGACUUGAUGCUGAUGGUAAUAAGAUAAAAAAUAUAACAGAAACAAUAUUUCCAUUGUUAAUAAGUAAGCAUCCAUCAAUUACUGAUAAGAUACGUUAUAUUAUCAUUUAUGCAUUAUAUCGUGGUGGUAUUAUCGAAGAAGAUUUUAAUAAACUAUUAUCAUUUGCAGGAAUCCUAAAGACACAUGAACAUUUUAAUAAUUUUAUUACCUUAAUGAAGAAUUUCGAUAAAUUAGGAUUUCCCUUAGUUAAAAAUCAACCAAAGGAUAAACCAUUUGAAAAAAUUUGGUUUAAUGAUACUAUCACUAAUGAUUCAAAUGUUUAUAAUACAUCUAGAUUUAUUCCAGCCACUGGUAAUAUAUUAUCAAAAGUAAUUGCCAAUCCAUUAUACUUAAGUGAGGAAAACUUCCCCUAUGUGAAAGAUAAGCCUAUUGAAUUAUUAGAUGAAGAAGAUUUGAUGUUUGCGGGUGGGGGUUCGGCGGCUACUACAAGUUCUACAUCAUUAAGAAAUCAACGACAUAAAGCUACUUGGACAAAAGCAAAUAGUGCGUCAAAUCCUAAUAACCAAGCCAAUCAAACAAGACAAAGAAUUUUUUAUUAUGUAAUGGGUGGACUUACAUAUGGAGAAAUUAAAUCUGCCUAUGAACAAUCUAGUUUAAAGAAUAAAGAUAUUUUCAUUGGUAGUGAUAGUUUAAUAACACCGUUGAUGUUUUUACAAAGUAUUGAACAUUUGAAUGCAGAAAGAGAAUCAUUAAAUAUUAAAGAUGAUAAAUUUGAAGAUGAUAAAGUACCAGAAUUCUUAUAUGCAGAAAUGCAACCUGUGGCAGUACCUGUAAGUCAUGUUCAUUUAAGAAGUCAAAAUAAGCCUAUAACCCCUGGAAUGGUAUCAUCACAAAAUAAUAUCAAUCGUAGUAUUAAUCGUAAUUCUAAUCCUAAUUCCAAUAACAUAUCUAGUAACAAUGGAAGUAGUCAAUCAGAAUCGUUUUCAGGGGUUAGUAGUUCUAAAGAGAAUAGUCCUGAUGAUAAAAAGGAUAAAAAGAAACAUCAUAAUAAAUUGAAGAAAAUUCUUGGUAGAAAGAAAAAAGAUAAAUGA